CAUUUGCAUCAUCACGGUUUCGAUUGUCAUCAAUAAAUCUUUUGGGGACAAGCUGUCAGAGAGAAAGCAAUCAUGCCGUUCGCACAGCUGGUGAUCGGGCCCCCAGGGGCCGGGAAGUCGACCUACUGCAACGGCAUGCAGCAGUUCCUCGGGGCCAUCGGCCGCAAGUGCUCGAUCGUGAACCUGGACCCCGCGAACGACCAGACCUCGUAUCCGUGCGCGCUGGACGUCCGCGACCUGGUGACGUUGGAGGAGAUCAUGAGCGAGGACCAACUGGGACCGAAUGGGGGCGUGCUGUAUGCGCUGGAGGAGCUGGAGGAGAACUUCGAUUUCCUCGAGGAGGGGCUGAAGGAGCUCGGAGAUGACUACGUUCUAUUCGACUGCCCCGGCCAAGUCGAGAUCUUCACACACCACUCCUCCCUGCGCAAUAUAUUCUUCAAGAUCCAGAAACUGGGGUAUAGAAUGAUCGUGAUCCAUCUCAUCGACUCCUACAACCUUACCCUCCCCUCGAUGUACAUCUCCGCCCUCCUCCUCUCGCUGCGCGCCAUGCUGCAGAUGGACCUCCCGCACCUGAACGUGCUCACCAAGAUCGACAACCUGGCCAACUACGCCCCCUUACCCUUCAACCUGGACUACUACACCGAGGUGCAGGACCUCAGCUACCUGCUGCCGCACCUGGAGGCCGAGUCGUCGCGCCUGGCGCACGAGAAGUUCGGCCCGCUCAACCAGGCCAUCGUCGACCUGGUCGAGGAGUUCGGGCUCGUCGCCUUCGAGACGCUCGCCGUCGAGGACAAGAAGAGCAUGAUGAACCUGCUGCAUGCCAUCGACCGCGCCAGCGGGUAUGUGUUCGGGCCCGCCGAGGGCGCCAACGACACCGUCUGGCAGGUGGCGGUGCGGGAGGGGCUGGGUCAGAUGGAUGUGCGGGAUGUGCAGGAGCGGUGGCUGGACGCGAAGGAGCAGUACGACGAGCAUGAGCUCCAGCAACUGGAGGCGGAGGCGAAAGCGCGCGAGCAGGCGGCAGGAGGAGACCACCCGGGCGACGAAGACGACGACGAUGAAUACGGCGAUCUGGGCCGAGGCUCGAUACCGAACAGCGGGGUGAAGGUGAUACGAAAGUCAUGACAUUUUCUUCGGUGUUUCCAAAAAAAUAUAUCUCUACAUUGUAUAAUAAGGGUAUCUCUAAUAUAUC